CCUGUAAUAGAAAGAAAAAAAUAUUAUAAUACAUAGUUUCUCUAAAUAUUCUUGUAUUUUGUAAUUUUAAAUCACUGCAAUAGAAGCUCUUAGUGGAUAACGGUGGUUAAAAUUGUCUUUUUUUUUCGGGUCGGGACCGGACCUCCGACGAGGUCCCCGCACCUAGGGGGCGCGCGGGGUAUGUGGGACUUGACGAUCUGCCGAUGUUGGGAGCAGACCGCGGGCCCAAGGAUAUUUUGGGGCCCUACUACACUAAACGACUCCCCUGCACUCUUACACCUAAUGUCCGAUCUCGGCCCGGGGUCAGAACCCGGUCAGAGUAAGGAAGUUCCCGCGGUCAACACUACAACCAGACUCGCGGCGCUACCCCUAGCAUGCCCAACCGACGGGUGUCGAGGCGAUAGUCGACGACUAACGACGCGGUACGGUGUUCCGGGAUACCCCGCUGGGCCAGAACCAGCAUGCCGGGUCGGAACGCGAUACACCGCCGACCGAGUUGCUCUUCCACAGUAUGUUCGGCGACAACAGCGACGACGGCAAUGCGGACCACAUCGCUGGUUAGAAUUGUCUGCCUAAAAAAAAAAAUUUAACAUUUAACAUUUAACCAUUUAACACCAAGUGCGUUGUCUAUCAAUGCUAUUAAAAUUCAAAUAUUUAAGGCCAUUCUUUACUCAUACCAGGCGACACUUUAACAAAAUGAACAUUAACAUUUGAAUCAGUUUAACUUGAUUUUGUCAUUUCUAGAAUACUUAUAGCGUAUCUUAUCAGCAUAGGUUAUGACCUUAUUAUAAACAUCCGAGAGAACUGACAGACACUACAAUAAUAAAUAAGUUAUAGGAACGUCAUGUGGUUCUAUGUUAUUUUGUUAACUUUAUUAAAUUCAUAUAUCUGCAUUGAGAAUGAAACCGACGAGGUUAUUUUAUAUUAUUAUGGCUUGGAAGAGAGCGAGAGGAGUCUCCCGUUUUGCGAGCCUCGACAGGCGUGCUCGGCUUUGAUCCCGCGCUACUGGCGUGCGAGCGCGCUCGUGCGGCUCUGUCGCUGCGCACGCCGGCUGCGGUGCGACUCUCCCGCAAAACAUAACAGACGGAUUGCAAUCAACAACCGAGCUUAUCUACAGUUUUGCCAACCGGUAACAAGCUGGCCACAGUGCUCCAACAACGCAAAAGCACUUACUGUGAUGACAACACACGAACGUAUGAACCCUGACGAAUUAGAAGAAUUACAUCACAGGAAUAUACACCUAGAACCACCGAAAAUCAUAUUUUCUUGUCGCUGUCCUGAACCAAACUAUUGGAAACUGCAGUCUAACUAUGAUAAUGAAUACAUUUUUCAGUGUUCUUCUUUACCAUUAUGCAUGACCGAUGAACAAUGCGGACAUGUAAAUCUCAAUCUUUAUACAUUAUAUCAGUCAUGUCUAUGUCCUAAAGGACACAUUUGCAUUCAUGAAGGCGGAGUAGCUUACACACAGAUAACAGAAUUAUUAUACAUAGGAAAGGGAUGGAAGGCUCACUGUACACAAAUAGCAAAUGAUUCUAGUUAUGAAGACUAUUAAAUACUCACUUGGGCAGGUUGAGCAGCUAUAUCUUUUAUGACAACUCGUAGCUGUUCUAUAAAGCUUGCCGGCCAGAGGCAAUGACUAAUAAGGCCACUCUGCACAGCUGCUGUUGCAGACAGUUGUCUCCCAAAUAGUACAAUAUUGUUGAGCUGUAAUAAUAUUUAAAAAUUCAAUAACAUAUAUAAUGUAUUAUUAUUGUAUGGUACACCAAUUUGACAUGUCAAAUUGAAAUUAAUAAUUUAUAACGAUUUCUUUUAAUUUAUAGUUUGUAUUUUGAUUAUAUUCAAUAUUAUUAAAAACUUACCAAUGGUUGUGGUAAUAAAUAACUAAGUAUAGCGAUACCAGGUGUCAAACUAUAUUCUGCAUUUUUCUCGGCAUUACUUAGUGCAAAAGUAGCAAAUUCAGAGGCAAAAGUGAUGUCACUUAAUGCCACUAAUGUGAAACCAAGGCCAGUGCAUCCCCUCUCUACAGCUGUGCACAACAAUUUUGUGUGGUUCAGAAUUGUACACAGUAAGGAUCUGAAAAAAAAAUUUUACUAAAGACAUAGAAAUAAUUAGGAUUAUGGAUAUGAAUAUGCGAGUUAUAUUUUAUAGAUUAGAUAUAAUUUAAAGGUUGACUGUUCAUCUAACCAUUAAUGGUAACCUGCCAAGCAGGAAAAAAAUGUUUCCACCUAUUUUAUAAUGUACCAUACUUUUAUUAAUUUGUUUCUGUAAUUAACAAAUACAAUAUAAUAAUUUUAUAUCAAAGUAUGAUAUUUAAUAUUAAGCAUGAACCCUAAUUAGCCUAAUCAUUGUCUUGUCCAUUUUUAGUCAUGUAAUUAUUAACACCACUGAGAACAGAGGAACAUGGUGAAACAUCAUCCAGAGAAGGAUAAUGGAAGGCGGGCACAAUCCUCAAGACAUGAGGAAUGUGACUCAGGGAGGAGGAAUUAUGUAUUAUGAUUAUUUUAAUUGGCCUUUACAUAUCUAGAGGUUCUGAUGUGGUGACUUAACAAAUGUUCCGGGUAACUUUAUACAACUAGGUGGGUUGGAGCUUGGUAGCAAAUUAAAAGGUAAUAUAUUAA